AUGUUAAAAGAAAGGAUUACUCCGAGAGACCCAAAAUACAAACCUAUCAACAUAAUACAAGUUAAUAUUGCUAACAAUAAAUACACCACCAUUGCUGGACCGAUGGUGAGGUACUCAAAGCUUCCCUUUCGUGCAUUAUUGAGGAACUUUAAGUGUGAUAUAGUGUAUUCUCCUAUGAUUCUUGCACGUGAGUUCGUAAGGAAUGAUAUUGCACGUCUUUCAGAUUUCACCACAAACUCAGAGGACAAGAGUCUAAUAGUGCAAGUAGGAGUGAAUAAUGAACUUGAUUUGCUCAGGUUUGUGGAUAUGGUUCAUCCGUAUGUGGAUGGAAUAGGAUUGAAUUGUGGAUGUCCGAUUAAGGAACAAGUCGCAGAGGGUAUAGGAGCAGCACUAAUGUCAGAGCCGGACUUGGUAGCCAGAAUGAUCAAGGUGGUCAAAGAUAAGUACAAAGACACGGUGUGUAUUGACGCAAAAAUAAGGAUUCACAAGGAUUUGGAAGAAACUGUUGAAUUUGUCAAAAAGGUUCAGGCCAGUGGAGUAGACUUUAUUACAAUUCAUGGACGUACAAAGAGUACCAGAUCGUCAAUUCCAGUAAACCUUGAUGCCAUAAAAUAUGUUCGGCAGUUUACCACUGUUCCAGUUAUGGCAAAUGGUGAUUGUUUUAAUCCGGAGGAUGUAGAGAGAAUUUGCAGUUACACUGGCUGCGACGGAGUCAUGUCCGCUAGAGGAGUGUUGCAAAAUCCAGCUUUAUUUGCUGGGUAUGAUAAAACUCCAUGGAUGGCAGUGGAACUCUUCUGGCACUACUCUAUGUCUUAUGGACUACCGUUUAGAAUCAUUCAACACCAUUUAUCAGAGAUGUUGCACCAAAUUUUAACUAAUGCUAAGUUGAAAGAAAUGAACUUCAUUAACAAUUUAGUUGAUUUGAUGGACUGGUUUGACCACAACUUUGAUUUGAAACGGAACAGUGAUCCUGGGUUUGCUACAAGGGUCGAAGUUCCUUAUAAAUUAUAG